AUGACAAUUGAAUCUUCUUUUGUUCAACCAGCAAUACCCAAAUUUGAUGGGCAUUAUGAUCAGUCGGCGAUGCUCAUGGAAAAUUUCUUGCGCUCAAAAGAGUAUUGGCACUUAGUAGAAGAUGGAGUUCCUGCAACAGCAGAAGGAGUAUCUUUGACAGACGCACAAAAGAAAAGCUUUGAAGAUCAGAAAUUGAAAGACUUGAAAGCGAAGAAUUUUUUGUUUCAAGCAUUGGGUCGAUCAGUCCUGGAGACAAUCCUCAAAAAGGAUACAGCAAAAGACAUAUGGGACUCUCUGAAGCAGAAAUAUCACAUAACAACUCGUGUUAAGCGUGCACAGCUGCAAGCUCUUCGAAAAGAGUUUGAAAUUCUUCACAUGAACACUGGAGAAACUGUGAAUGAAUUUAUUGCCCGAACUCUUACCAUUGCUAAUAAAAUGAAAGCAAAUGGUGAGGACAAGGGAGAUGCUAUUGUGGUUGAAAAAAUUCUGAGAUCCAUGACUCCCAAAUUUAAUUAUAUUGUUUGUUCUAUUGAAGAAUCAAAGGACACAAGCAUGCUAACUAUUGAUGAGCUGCAAAGUAGUCUGCUUGUGCAUGAACAACGCAUGAAUUCUCAGAAUGAAGAAGAGCAUGCUUUGAAAGUUUCACAUGGAGAUCAUUAG